CUAAUAUUUAAAAGUAAUUUUUAAAAUUCUAAAUUUUAGGUAAAAGGAUGAUAAUUUUUUCCCACUCCGAGCAAAAGUAAACACACCGAAGCAAACACAUCGAACAUGUACUCUCCGUUUUACCUCUCUCUUCUCCCCUCUCUCCAUCACCAUUUUUACACCUUCGCUCCUCGAUGCCCCUAAUCUCGAUCUCCUCCUCCUCUUCCUCCUCCUCCUCCCUCCUCCCCCACCACUUCUCCGCAGAAACCCUAAUCUCCUCCCUCGUCCCAUCACCUUCUACCCGCGCUUCGUCUCUUCCGAUUCUCAGAUUUAGUCGUCGGAUCGUCUCCAUGGCCGCGUCGGGGCCUCGAAACCCUAGCGCCGCGGCAGUGUCGGAGGUGGUGAACCCGCCAUUGCACCCGACAUACGACCUCAGGGCCGUUGUCGCUCUAGCUCUCUCCGAAGACGCCGGUGAUCGAGGAGAUGUAACUUGUCUCGCUACAAUACCAAUUGAUGUAAAAGCUGAAGCCACUUUCAUUGCAAAGGAGGAUGGGGUCAUCGCAGGAAUUUCCCUUGCAGAGAUGAUUUUUAAUGAGGUUGAUCCAUCACUAAAGGUUGAAUGGUCUGCAAAGGAUGGAAAUUACGUUCAUAAAGGAUUGCAAUUUGGGAAAGUGUACGGAUGUGCGCGGAACAUUAUUGUUGCUGAAAGGGUUGUACUCAAUUUUAUGCAGAGAAUGAGUGGAAUAGCAACGUUAACAAAGGCUAUGUCUGAUGCUGCACAUCCUGCAUGCAUCUUGGAGACAAGGAAAACUGCUCCAGGCUUACGCUUGGUGGAUAAGUGGGCGGUACUGAUCGGUGGUGGAAAGAAUCACAGGCUUGGUUUAUUUGAUAUGGUAAUGAUAAAGGACAAUCAUAUAUCUGUUGCUGGGGGUGUUACAAAUGCACUGAAGUCUGUAGACCAAUUCUUGGAGCAAAACAAGUUAACUAUUCCUGUUGAGGUUGAAACAAGGACAGUAGAAGAAGUGAAAGAGGUUUUGCAAUAUGCAACCGAAAAUAAGACUGCUUUGACCCGAAUAAUGCUGGACAAUAUGGUUGUCCCUCUUCCAAAUGGGGAUGUAGAUGUUUCGAUGCUUAAAGAUGCAGUUCGGUUGAUAAAUGGGAGAUUUGAGACUGAGGCAUCUGGAAAUGUUACAAUUGAAACAGUGAAGAAGAUUGGAGAAAGUGGAGUAACCUAUAUAUCCAGUGGAGCAUUAACACAUUCCGUCAAAGCACUUGACAUCUCAUUAAAAAUAGAUACUGAGCUUGCACUUCAAGUUGGAAGGCGUACAAACCGUGCCUGAACAUCAGGUGCCGUUUUUAACUCCUAAUUGUGGGAAGCUGAAUAAAACAGAAGAUUUUCUAGCGGUAAAUAAAUGAGGAAAAUAACUCUCAGGAAUGUUAUGCGAUAAAGAACAGGUUUAAUAGAGGCUCGACAAGAUUAUUACUUGUUUUUGUUUCUCUUUUUUUUUUUUCAGAAUGUUUGAUAACUGAAGAUUGUAAUCUUAAGAGCUUUGUGCAGAGGGACCACCAUAAUUAUUUCCAUAUUUCCCAGAAUUUGAGCAGAGAUAUAGCUUAUCUUUCUGCCCACACAUGUUACAUUCAUGUAUGUUCUUGUACCCAUGCUUAUGCAAAGAAUCUUACACAGCAAGCAUGCGGUACCUAUUCCUUAUAUAAUUCUUUGAGUAACGCCUCUUUGACUGUUGAAAGAAGUUAUCAUUUGAUCA